AUGUUAAGAAAUAUCCAAUAAAGUGUGGUAAUCAUAUAAAUAUAAUUUUUUAGUAUAACAAAGUUAGAGACUAUACUAAUCCCUUUAAUUUACUCAUUCCUUGGUUGAAUGCAAUUUUUAAAAAAUAUAUGGGAAAUUUCUUUAAUGAAGAGAUAAAGAAGGAAUAAUUCACAUCUAUGGGAUUAAAGAAGUUGACAUUAAAAGUGAGUUCUCUAAAUUCAUAAAUGGCUCCGAACAUUCCUUUUGUUUUAGAAUCUGGAUCGAUUUCUCUAUUGAAAUUGGACUUACACAAAUUAACAUGUCUAAUUGAAGAAGUGGAAAUUACUUUGAAUUUCAAGACAAUUGAAUAAUAUCGAUUAUUUGUUUAAACUUAUACAAAGUAAAAGAUGACAGCAGAUAAACUUCAGAAGAUAAAAGAUGAAAUUAUCAAAGCUUAUAAGGUUAAGAGUGAAACUUCAAAUAAUGGAAAUUAGAAUGCUUGGAAUAUCAUUAGAUAGUUUUUAUAAAAAAUAACAUUUACAGUUAAUAAAUUGGUUUUACAUAUUGUUGAACCAAUCUACAAUGAUAAACUAUCCUUGGCUAUCAAUUAGAUUAGUAUGAGAGUAAGGAAAUUAUAGGAAGAAAAGGAUUAAAUGGUCAGUACCAUGGUUAUUGGAGGAUGUUCAUUGCAUAUUAACGAAUAGAACUAAUUAUUUGAUAUAAAUAAUUUUUAAAAGGAAUCAUGUAUAUUUAGUUUAUAAUAAUAUUACACAAAUAAGUAUGAUUAACAUGUUGUUAUUCAUUUAAAAACGGAAUUAAAAGAAAGAUUAAAAUUUAAUAGUACAUUAUGUAUAAGAUUGAUGUAAAUGAACUUUAAUUAUAAGUAAUUUUAAAUAGCGAUAAGAAUGAUUAUGAGUAUUUUGGAACAUAAUAAAUUAAUUUAAUCUUAAGAUAAAACAAUUAUUGAAUCUAUUAAAUAAGAAAUUCCAUAAUUUUAAUUAACAUGGUGUGAAUCAUAAGUUUAUUAUGAUUAUUGUGAUCAAAUUGGAGAAGUUAAAAUAGAUGAAAUUGAUGGUAAAUCAUUAAGUGAUGAAGCAACAGUUGAAUUUAAUGAAGAUUUAGAAUAAGCAUUAGAGAAAAGUUAAUUUAAUGAAGAAGAAGGUAAUGAUUAAUUUGAGGAAUCUCAGAUAGAAGGAUUUAAUUAAUCUGUUUUAAAUUAAUCCAAUCUUGGUGAUUUAAAUUAAAGUACAUUGAAACAAUCUAUUUUCUCCAUGUCUGUUUUUAAAGAACUAAUUAAUGAUGAAGAUGAUAAAUAAGGAUUAGAUGAAUUAGAUGAAGGUUAAUUAAUUUUUAAAUUGAAGAUUUAGAAAAUAAGAGUCAGAUUAUCAAAAAAUAAUAUAAUAGAUAAAUGGAAUCUAGAUAGUUUAAAAAAGACUAACUAUUAUGAAUUAGAAAUAGAUUAACUAAAUUGGUUAAUGACUAAAGAAAUUACUCAAUAAUAAAUAACUACAAUUAAAUAAACAAAAAUUGAGAUUCCUAUUAUUUAACUUUUUCAUUAUGAAUAUUGUAAUAUAUUAUCUGAAAAAACAUUUGAUGAUCAAAAUACAGAAGAUGAGAAUCAAGAUAUAUUUUAAAGUAUUAAUGAGGGUUUUUCCAAUAACUCUUAAACUAUAGAAAAUCAAGUGUUUCAUUCUUGUUAUAAUUUGAGUUAAAAUGAUGUAUUAGAAAAGAUAUAAUAGAAAAAAAAUGAAUUUAUUAAAGAAUAAGGGAAUUAUUAUUAUAAAAAGAAAUGCAUACUUCAAUUAUAUGAUGGUAUUAAAGAAUCAUCAUAUGAUGGUAUCAAGGAAGAAAAACAAUUAAUCACAAAAGUAGAUAAUUAAUUUAUAUAUGCUAAUGAUAAAAUUAUAUCCUAGGGUAAUGGGUUGUAAAUUUAAAUGCAUCAUCUAAAUAAUUCUUUAGCAAUUUCUAUUAAGUAGAUCGAUGUUAAUUUAAAUAUUGAUGAAAUCCUUGAAUUUAUAGAAAUAUUUAAAAUCAAACAUGAAAAGAAGUAAAUUAAAAGUAUUCCAAAUCUAAAUUUAAUUACAAUACAUCACAUUCAAUUCGAUAUUCAAAUAUAAGAAGCAGAUUAUAUAGAAUUCUAUUAUUUAUAAUAAAUCAUAAAGAAUGAUCCUAAUAGUAGUAGUGUCAUACAUUAAUAAUAAAAGAUAUCAUAUUUUACAUUCAAAUUUAUUGAUCUCUAAAUACAACAGUCUAAUUCUGGUUUUAUUACUUUUAAUUCAAUUACAUGUUCAAUGAAAGAUUAUGAUAGAAUUAAAUCAAUAUUUCAUAAUGAACUAAUUGCUGAAAUAGGAGCAUAAGAACAUUCUUAAAUAUUAAUUAGGCCAAUAAUCAAACUAAUGGAAACAAAAGAAAUACGUUUAGCUAUUCCUAAAAUUGAGAUUUUUAUUAAUAUGUCCUACAUGGAAUAUGUUAAGACCUUAUUUACAGUCAUUAAAGAUUUUCAGAAGAAAUUAUAGUUAUUAAGUAAAGAUAAAAAAGAGAAUAAAUAAAUAAUUAAAUUACUCUUUGAUGAAAUUAUUGUUAAAAUUAAUUUAGACUAAUAAACUAAUACGCAAUAAGCAAGAUUUAUUUUACAUGCAUCUAAAUUAGCAGCAGAGAUAAUUGGUAAAGAUGAAAAAAUGUUUACAUUAUAUAAUUGUUUGGUCAUAGAUACAAAUUGGAAUUGCAAAAGACCAAAACAUGAUAUUCCAAUUUAUGGUAGUUCUAAUGAUAUUAAAACAGAUUAACCAUUAUAAAUACUUCAUUUUAGAAAUCAAAAAUAUUAAGCAAAUUAAGUUUUAUUUUAUAAAUAAGAACGUUUUAACAGGGAAGGUUUCAAGACUCUUGUUUAAAAUGAAACAAUUAAAUCAGAACCUGAUAUGGCUUUCCAAUAUACAGCUAUUAAAUUGAAGAAUAAUCAAUACUUAAAUCCAGAUUGCUUAGAUGCUUUGUAUGGAAAAACUAAUUUACUCUCUAUAAAAAUUAAUUAAAAUAAGAAAAUAGAAAUUUAAUAUUAACAUGGAAUAAUUCAAGUUGAUGAAUAAUGGAUUGAAACAAUUACAACUAUCUAAGAUUUGGCUAAAAAAUGGGAAUAAACAUUGAUUCCAAAAAAGAAUACUUUACCCUAAAAUAAAUCUAUCCCUAAUUUUACAUUCACUAUUUAAAAUAUAUGGCUAAAUUAUUUACCAACCUAUAGGAAAUCAACCUUAUUAAAAUAAUAUUUAAUGAAAAAAGAACCAAUUAAAUCAAUAAUUGCCAUAUAACCUGAAUAAUUGUAUUAUUCUUGGAUUAGAGUGCUAAUCAGAAUUAAGAGUGCUACUGUAUCAAGUGAUUUAUAAGCACAUUUGAGUUCUGCAUAAAUAUAUGUUAAAAGUACAUCCAAGGAUAUUAAACAUGCCAAUUUAAGCUUUUUAAAUCCCAUUUUAUUAGUUCCUCCUUAAAUUGGACUCUUUGAUGAAAAUAGAAAAUUCUCAGAUGGAUUUUAAAUUGAUAAAGAUGAUUAAGGUUUAUUGAGACUUCUUUGUUUUUAAAAAUUAUUUAAAAUCAAAGGAUUAACAAUAUCAGGAAAUACUAUUAAUAUAGGUUAAAUAACUGGCAAUCUUAAAAAAGAUUCUAUAAUCAGUUUAUGGGAUAUUACAUCAAUGACUGUAGAAAAGAUAAAAAAAAUAAUUCCUGAAUAAUCAAAUGAUAAAUAAAUUUUUGUUUUGUAAGAAGGUCGUCAAUAUACUCCAAAUGAUAAUUUAAAUAUUUUUGAAGAUGAUGAAAUUGAACUACCUGCAAUAGAAAACACUCCUAAUAAAAAAUAGUUUGAAAUAAUACUUAAAAGUUUUGAAAUUAAAUUAACAGUAGGAUAGCAUUUUCCACCUGAAGUAUUUAGUGAUACUAAUCCUAUUAAUACAGAAUGUUCAUAACAUAAUUAAGAAUAGUAUUAUCUUGAACAUUCAAAUUUAUUACAUUUAGAAGAGUUUCCACAAAUAAAUGAUUAAUAAUGUAGUUCUAUUCUUUUUAGUUUGAAAGAAUUAAAACUAGUAUGUUGUGGACCUACAUAAAAAGAAAUUAAUUAAUUUUACUUAACUUUAUUGUAAUUUCAAAUAACAGAUAGAAUCUAAAAUUCCAAAUAUUCUAAGUUAAUAGGUAAAGAACCUAAUCAUGAAGAUAUAAAUUUUGCAGAAGUCUUCUAUUAAAUUGAUAAAAUAAAUAAUUCUAUCAAUUUAGAAGCAAAAAUUGUUCCAAUAAGAGUUUGUAUUUCUGGAGCAGCAUUAGAAUUUUUGUUGGAAACAUUAAAUAGUCCUGAAUAAUUAAAUCCAAAGGUUGAUCUUUUGAGUAAAUUAAAUGUAGGAAAUGAUAAAGAGUCAAUUAUUGAAUUCUGUGUUCAGGAAGGCUAUUAAGUUACAUUUUCAAGAAUAAGUGAAAUAAGUAAUAAUAUUAUAUAUUUAAUAUAGAAAAAUCAAUUAAGGUGAAUUUUUUGAAUAUUGAACGAAUCUAUUGUUAUAUAACAUUUGAUGGAAGUGGUGUCAAAUUAGAUGGAAAAUUGAAAGGAUUAGUAAGACUGGCUUCUUAUGAUAGCCUUUUGAUAUUUUUAAAGAGAGCUCAAAUUCAUAAUCUAGUAUUUGAAAAGGAUAGUGAUUUCAUCAAGUUCAUGUUUGAAUAAUACUAACACUUAUUAAGAAAUGAUUCUUAAUUAAUUUAAAAUUUGAUCACUUCUUUUAAAGCUUUUCAAAAUAUCACAAAUAUAGUAUUGGGGUAACAAAUACACUAUUAUUUAGAAUAUAAACUAUGUUUAUGACAAUAAUAAGAUAAGGUAUAGUAACUGGAGUAUGUUCAGGAUCCAUUCCAUUGGCAAAAGCAUUGGGAGAUGAAAUUGUUUAUUUGGCCAAAAAACCUAUUGAAGUUUGUAGUACAAUGACAGAAGGAAUUGGAUUAAAAAUGGCAAAUGUUGUGUUUAGCCCUAUUGAAAGAGUUUUAGACUAAUUUUCAGCAUUAGUAUGAUAUUUAACAAUAAUUAGACUACAAGCGAUAGAAUACCUAAAGAAUUUCUUAAGAAAAAUAAUGUAGACUAAACUAAUGCAUGA